CGGCCGGAGCGGGAAGCGGGCUCUCAGCGCGCCGGGCCGGGCCGCGCCGCCGCCUCCUUCCGAGCCGCUCCCAGCGUGCUGCGGCUGCGCGGCGCUCGGAGCGGCUCCGGGCCGGGUGAGCGAGCCGUCGGUACUCGGGGAAUUUUCCCUCUCUGUUGCCCUCGCUUGAAGGCGCUGUACUUUCUGGCUUCGGCUCUGGCAGAAGCCGGCCCUUCCCCUGCGAGCUGUGUGCCAGCCCAGCCUGUUCCCUUGCCCAGGGGUAUUAAUGCAAGCUGUGGAUCUCUGGAGCGUGGCGUUUGGGUGACUUUCCCCGCAGCUUCCUCUUAGGAAACGGAGCUGUCCGGGUAAGUGAGCAUUGAGAGGCAGGAUGGUCCACGCUGAAACGUUUUCACGCCCCCUGAGCCGGAAUGAAGUGGUCGGAUUGAUCUUCCGUUUGACAAUAUUUGGUGCUGUAACAUACUUCACCAUUAAGUGGAUGGUUGAUGCCAUCGACCCCACCAGAAAGCAAAAAGUAGAAGCUCAGAAACAGGCUGAAAAGCUAAUGAAACAAAUUGGAGUGAAAAAUGUCAAGCUUUCUGAAUAUGAAAUGAGUAUUGCUGCACAUCUUGUCGACCCACUAAGCAUGCAUGUAACUUGGAAUGAUAUUGCAGGCUUAGAUGAUGUCAUUACAGAUUUGAAAGACACUGUCAUCUUGCCCAUCAAGAAGAAAUACUUGUUUGAGAACUCCAGGCUCUUACAGCCACCAAAAGGAGUACUUCUCUAUGGCCCUCCGGGUUGUGGCAAAACCUUGAUUGCCAAAGCUACAGCAAAGGAAGCAGGUUGUCGAUUUAUUAACCUCCAGCCUUCAACACUGACUGACAAAUGGUACGGAGAGUCUCAGAAACUGGCUGCUGCUGUGUUCUCCCUUGCUAUAAAGCUCCAACCGUCCAUCAUUUUUAUCGACGAAAUAGAUUCCUUCUUGCGAAGUCGUUCAAGCUCUGACCACGAAGCAACAGCUAUGAUGAAAGCUCAAUUCAUGAGUCUGUGGGAUGGCCUGGACACAGAUUACAAUUGCCAGGUCAUUGUGAUGGGAGCCACCAACCGUCCUCAGGACCUUGACUCUGCAAUCAUGAGAAGGAUGCCGACCCGCUUUCAUAUCAACCAACCUGCUCUGAAACAAAGAGAAGCAAUCUUGAAGCUAAUUCUGAAAAAUGAAAAUGUGGACAGGCAUGUAGAUCUCCUCCAAGUCGCCAAAGAGACUGAUGGAUUCUCAGGAAGUGAUCUGAAAGAAAUGUGCCGGGACGCAGCGCUCCUCUGCGUCAGGGAAUAUGUUAAUAAUUCUGCCUGUGAAGAAGAGAACCGUGAUGAAGAUGAAAUUCGGCCUGUGCAGCAGCAGGAUCUCCACAGGGCAAUUGAGAAGAUGAGGAAGUCAAAGAAUGCCACGCUGCACGAUGACCUGAUGCAUGUCAUUAUAGAUUAAGGCUAAGGAGUGCGCUUGCUGUUUCUGAUGUGACGUGAUUUGUAUUCUGUAAUCAGUUAGCGAAAGCAGCGUGAGGGGCUGGGAGUGGGGACACUCCUUGAAUGAGGGAGUUCUGUUUCUGGAAUUGUUUUUAUACAGCAAAUGCUAAGUUAUUGAAAUUUUUGUCAUGCACAACUAGAAAUGUAACAGUAGAUCACGAAGUGGAACAAUUACAGCUCAGACCAAGAGCAACUGCCUGUGUCUUGUCCCUUAUGGAUGCACUGUGUAGCCUUAAAGCAGGUUCUGGUGUGGUGUGAGGGCAGCAGCCGCCUGCUGCCAGGCUGUGUGCAUACAUACAAGUGUGUGUGUAUGUAUUACAUGUAUAUAUCCACGCAUUGUUUUUAUAUGUAGACAUAAGAUGUAGAUAACUUGAGUAUGGGAAAUCUUUUCUACUUCUUGAAUGAAACCAAAUCAGAAGAUGUAUAGAUUCAUCGAUACUCAGCUCACAUUUACUUCUUCCUUCGAGCAGCAAGUAGAAAUUCUGCUUCUAGAAUAACUUUGAGGAAAAGUUGGAAAUGUUACUGAUAUUUUUUUUUUUUCACAUCACCACUUGAAAUCUGGUGCCAUUGAGUAAAGAUAGUAACUACUGUAAAAAUGUUUGAAUGCCUUUUCUUUUGUAUGAAUUCUGCAUUUGGAGGCAUUUUAAUGCUGUUCUUAUUUUUAUUUUUCCCCUCCACUGUGAUGUAGUUAAGGGUAGAGUCUACUUAACUGCUUUUUCCUUAAGCCCCACCUUUUAGAGGUUUUUGAAGCUGUGCUUUCUGAUGUGUUAUGUGUCACAAUGGGGGCCUACUGCUGUUUCAUCUCCUCUGGAAGAGGCGCUGCUGCACUGCACCACUGUGCCAUGGCAAGGGGAGGUGUUGUAUGGUGCUUUGCUGCGUCACCUGCUCUGCCACGCAAAACUGAAGGCAAUGAGGAGGCAACUUCAGGUUUAUAAAUAUGAUUUAGCACUGUUCUGCUGUACUUGUUGGUAACAGUUUGGUAAAUUCAUGUAAUGCUAUGUAGUGAUAAAGGCAAAGGGUUAAAAUGUAA